GCUGCUCAGCCCCACGCAGCUCGUCCCAGGAGGAGGCGGCGGCGGCGGCGGAUUCACGCUGGAGGUGCAGCGGCAAAGAACUAAGCACAUAUCUGGAUCGCCAAGACACAAAAGCUUGAAGAAGAUGCACUUCAUCAAGAAUAUGAGACAAUAUGAUACAAAGAAUAGCAGGAUAGUAUUAAUCUGUGCUAAACGAACCUUGUGUGUGGCUUUUUCUAUCCUGCCGUAUGGGGAGAGCGUACGAAUCAGUGAUCUAAAAAUGGAAGGGCAGAAACAGCGACAUCCUUCUGGUGGCGGUUCAGUCUCUUCAGAGAUGGCUCUUGGAUUGGAAGGAGUGGAGCUUGGAGCUGAUGGCAAGGUGGUGUCCUAUGCAAAGUUCUUGUAUCCAACCAAUGCCCUUGUUGGCCGCAAAAUUGAUAAUCAUGGUGCUGUUCCUUCAUGUCGAUUCAGUGCUUCACGGAGCCUUACGGGGUCAAGACAUAAAACUGUAACCACUAAAACAAUACCACCAGGAACAGAAAUAGGAAACGAAGUUGGUGAGUCAUCAGAGUAUAAUCCGAAUCUCCUGGAUGAUCCUCAAUGGCCCUGUGGGAAACACAAGCGGGUUCUCAUCUUUGCAUCUUACAUGACCACAGUAAUCGAAUAUGUGAAACCCUCAGACCUUAAAAAGGACAUGAAUGAAACUUUUAAAGAGAAGUUUCCUCACAUCAAGCUAACGCUGAGCAAAAUUAGAAGCUUAAAGAGAGAGAUGUGGAACCUGAGUGAAGAGUGCAAUCUAGAGCCAGUUACUGUGUCAAUGGCGUACGUUUACUUCGAGAAGCUUGUUCUCCAAGGCAAGCUCAACAAACAGAACCGCAAACUGUGCGCUGGUGCUUGUGUGCUUCUUGCAGCCAAGAUCAGCAGUGAUCUCAGGAAACAUGAAGUUAAACACCUUAUUGAUAAACUAGAAGAAAGAUUCAGAUUCAACAGACGAGAUCUCAUUGGAUUUGAAUUUACAGUGCUUGUAGCUUUGGAGCUGGUCCUCUACCUUCCUGAAAACCAAGUUUUACCUCAUUAUAGACGUCUCACACAGCAAGCCUGACCAAAGCUACAUUCCAGCUGCUCACCAGUGGCUCUGGGGAUUAACAGCAUUACUGAACAUUUUGCUCCUGAAUUUGACACUUGCCACUGACCUUCUCUGUGUCACAAUGUGCAUCAGAUCAUGCCUACAGCUAGUUUGAAGACUGCAGCAUGAUUUUUAAACAGUCAAGGUGUACAUUAACGAUACAGGUACCAAGUCUGUAUCAGGAGAUGGUACAGAAAGGGUUGUCUUGAACUUUAUUUUCCUUUGGACAUUAAAGCACAAAUGAUUCACAAACUAGCUGCCUUUGUGGCUGCUGGCUAUUCUGUAUUUUCCUUUUCAAUUUUACUAGGAAAUGGUCAGUUCUUCCCUACAAAGGAUGCUACACUAUUGUUCUCUUAGAUUGUUUCAACCUUUAUUUUCUUCCUUGAAACUAAAGGGAGCAACACUUCCAUUCAAAGAAAUCAUAAACUUCAAAUAGUGUAUCUGAGAAUUUUCUUGCAUUUUUACAUUAAUAAAAUGCAUACUUUAUUUUUUUAAAGAUGUGCCUAAAAUUGACUGGUCUGGUACCAGUACUUUUUAAGUUACUUACGUUGCAUAAUAGUGAAUCCUGAAUUUAAAUAGCAAUGUAUCCUUUACCUGCAUUUGCCUUGCAUAUAGUGAAAACAAUUCCAGUAUAUCUGCACUAAUAUUACAGAGGGGAUUUGUAUUAUAGAUCUAUAGGUAGCAAGUCUGAAACUAUUCUAGUUCAACUUCUUUAACUAUUAAUAUGUGAAUAAAGGUUUUAUUUUAAAAAAGGAAAGAAAGAUUGUUUGGAAAUCUAUCGUGAAAUAUCACUUGUUGAACACGUUAGCUGCAGCAAAGCAGCUUGGAGUUCAUUCUUGUAGUUCAUUGUUCAAUUGGAGAUAAGAAAUUGACUUACAGGUGAGAGGAAAUCACCAUAUUAUCGUUUAUAAUUUUGAUUUAUGCCACUGUUUACUAUAGUCUGAAACUAAGCACCUUUUUAAACAUGACCAUGUCUAUCAUGAGUGAUCUUUCUCUGCUCUGUACACAAGUGUUUCAGCCAGUACUGCUAUCACUUCCAAACUAAGCCAAUGAAACAAAGUAUGUCCAGUUGUUAAAUUGCUACUUUUUACUCAGUUCUUCCAAGCAUUGUGCCACUGUGAUGGGCCUCAUGAAACUGGCAUUUGUUGCAUGUUUGAUCAGCCAUUCAGUUAGAAGUUAAUGUUCAGCAGCACUCUGUUUAUGCAAGGGUUAAAUAACUUCUUCCACUGUUGUCCAGACAGUUGGUUUAAACCAUUCUGAAACAUGUUGUACCUUUAGCGAUACAGUUAGUUGUUCUUGGGGUUUUUUCUAAGCAAUAUUAUGAUACAAAUAAGUGUUUGUGUGUGUUUGCAAGGGACAAAAAUAAUACAAAAUUUCUCAAUGUCCAAGUAUUUGUUUGUGACUAACUUAGAUACUAGAUCUCUUCCUGAGGUAAAAAGGCUACCUGGUCUCUGAUACAUGGAGUACUGUAAAUUUCAACUCCUUGCGCGUUUGUGGUGGCCACUAAAUAAGAACAAACAUAAAACUGAAGUCUUGCUAUUCAACUACAUUUUACCUAAGUCCAGUUUGACUUCAGUGAAACUGAAGCAAACUUAGUAGAGCCUUUCUUUUUAAGCAGCACUUGAAAGGUAUUUUAUACGUCUAACUGCAGUAAUACUACUCAAGUCCUAAACCUAGUAGCUCUAUUUAACAACUUUGGUGCAAGUAAAUAUGCACCUUCUGGUCA